AUGCGACUGACAAAACUGGUGCUGUUCGCACCGCUGGUAGCCUCCUCGCCAUUCCAGCCUGGCUCGGACGUAAACGCACGAGAUGCAGGAGUCAACUACGAUGGAUAUCACGUCUACCGCGUGACUGCAUCAUCACCGGAAGAGGCUCGCGCUCUCGAGAAAAGGUUCUCUAAUUUUCAUACCCAUCCGAUUCGAGACACUUUGUCCAUUGCCGUGCCACCGCGGGAAGCUGAAUCCUUCAACACGCUAGGCCUGAAUGCGCGCCUGGUGAAUAGAGAUUUGGGUAGGUAUAUCCGCUCUAUUGACAAGCCAUCAUCAUACGAACAUACAUUACACAAGCGUGGAGAGUUGCCAGACUUGUCCUGGUAUGAUAACUACCACCCGUAUGCCGACCAUCUGCAGUACUGGGACGAUCUGGUGCGCGCAUUCCCGAAGAACUCGGAGAAACUUUCUAUUGGCCAGAGUUACGAGAAUAGGACGAUAUAUGCGUUUCAUCUCUUUGGAGACAAACAAAAGAGUGAAGAUGGGAAAGAAACGAGCAAACCCAUCAUUCUGUGGCAUGCGACGAUUCACGCGCGAGAGUGGAUUUCGACCAUGGUGAUUGAAUACCUCGCAUACCAACUCAUUGAUGGCUACAAAUCUGGAAACUCCAAUGUCACUGCCUGGCUUGACUAUUACGAUUUCUACAUCGUCCCAAUUGCCAACCCCGAUGGCUUCUUAUACACACAAACCAAUGACCGACUAUGGCGCAAGAACCGCCAGCCUCGCCCAACACUCAACACCACUUGCCUUGGUACUGACGGGAAUCGCAACUGGAAGUUUCAAUGGGAUGCUGAACCACCCGAGGGUGGCUCAACUCCAGAUCCUUGUGGCCAGACCUACCGGGGCAUCGCACCCGGAGACACGCCCGAGAACCAGGCAGUUGAUGGACUUUCGACAAAACUCGCACAGACGGGCCGUGGCAUCCGCUCCUUCAUAGAUUUCCACAGUUAUGGUCAAAUGAUAUUAACACCCUACGGCUACACGUGCGAUCCACUGCCCGAGACAUUGCCUCGCAUGCUGGAGGUUGCAGGCGGUACGGCACGCGCCAUCGAAGCAGCGAGCACACGAAACAGCACAUAUCGAUUCGGGCCAGGCUGCCAGAUUCUGUACUUUUCGACGGGAAACUCGAGAGAUCAUCAGUUUGCGGUCCACGGUGCUAAUCAUUCUUGGACCAUGGAGUUGAGUCCACAGCUCGAGGGCGGUCCUGGAUUCGUGCUGCCUCCAGAGGAUAUUUGGCCCGUUGUUAAGGAACAGUGGGCUGGGCAGCAGUGGCUUCUUAAUGAUGUGUGGGAUGAUUGA